AUGCAGGCAGCUCUUAUGCUAAGAGCGAAAUCGCGGGAGAGAAGAAAACAACGACUGAAGCGAGGGAUCAAGAGCGAGUUGCCGAGUAAUGUGGCGACAAAACCCAUUGCACCGUUCCCGAGAUACCCGCCAGCGUCUUGGUGCGCGGCUGGGCGGGCGGCUUGGCAGGAAGCGGCGGCGCUGUCGGUGGGCGGCGGCGGCUUGGGCGCGGGCGGCGCUGCCCGCCGCUGCUCCGUCCUCGGCGACCACCCGGGCGCACGGCGCGGACAGGGCAACAAGUGGCAUCGUACCAAUCGGGUAUACUAUCCUUUUUUAAUCUUGGCAAAUGCAUUUACGAACACUAUCUAUAUGCAGGUUCGCGAUGCGUCGUACGGCUCAUCGUCGGAUUCGGAGGGGGAGGCGGAGGGAGCGAGUGGGGAGCCUUGGGGGGUCGCAAGGCUCCUGUACGCGGGACUCACAACGCUCGCGGUGGGCCUCGUCGUCUACUUCGUGGGUACCGGAGACAAGGUAUUGUCACUAAAUAUUUUAAAC